CUAAGGUCAUCGAAGACAAGCACCCUUUAUUACCGAAGCUAACUAAUCAUAUCCCGAGUCUUAAUCCGUGUUUAAACCUAACUAUAUGCACAUCACGGCCGUAGCUUGCGUUAACACCGUGUCUACCUAAGAGGUAUGUACGUAAAGUUAACCUGCGAGGCACAACGAUAUAAGUUCACGAUGUCUUCCUUUUUCCUGACCCUCCUAUGAGGCUCAGCAUACUUGAAGAAUAAGCCCUGCUAAUACACACUCCUUGUCUUGAGCUAUCUAAUUCUAUUGAAUUUAGCAUACACUACUGACCAUGUCUUCCACAUUCAUUAAGUCCAAGAACAAGUUAACUUGGUUUAUCACGGGAUGUUCGUCGCCUUCAGGAUUCGGCAUGACACUCACCCGGAUAGCUCUAGCAGCAGGUCACACGGUCAUCGCGACCUCGCGAAAUCCUUCGCGUACACCUGAACUCGUCGCCGAGGUCGAGAGUAGAGGAGGAAAGUGGUUAAAGCUAGAUGUGAACAACAGCGACAGCGGAGACGUUAUCGAGGAGCUUGAAAUAUCGGGCAUAGCGAUCGAUGUAUUGGUGAAUAACGCCGGAUACUCCAUCUUCUCCCCCAUAGAGACUUCUACCGAGGAGGAGAUCCGCGGUCAGAUGGAGUGUAUGUACUUCGGACCCUUACGCCUAAUCAGGGCGGUUGUUCCUCACAUGCGUAGACGCCGGUAUGGCGUCAUUGUGAAUUUUAGCACAGGCGGCUCUCUUGAAGGUAGAGAUACGAUGGGUUCUUACGCUGGAGCUAAGGCCGGCCUUGACGGUAUGCUAAUCCCAGAUUGCCUCCUACUAUUUCUUAUUCUGGUCAUAUUCUAAUUCGAUAAUAGGUAUAACCAGAGUUUUAGCAAAAGAGGUGGCCCCGUACAAUAUUCGCGCUCUGACUGUCAUCUUGGGUGCAUUCAACACCGACAUGGCUGUCCACACUGUCGUGGGCAAGAAUCCUCUUCCCGAAGAUUACAAGGGUUCUGUUUCCGACCAGAUGUUCCAGUUUCUCAGUAGUCCCAAAUCUAAGCUGCCGGGUGCGAAUGCUGGUAUGGGCUACAAAGAUAAGGCCAUGAAGGCUGUCUAUGAAAUUGUUCUUGGAGAGGGCGUUGGAGUUGGACUUGAGACGGAGCGGAUCAUUCCCCUAGGUACGGAUAUGACAGUUCGUGUAAAGGGGGUUAUCGAGUCAUACAGACAUGCAUUGGAUGCUUUCGAACAUGUUACUAAUCAUGUUGCUGUUGACGAAUACUAAUUGGCUUAGUUAGAGUUCUGUAUAUCACAGGAUCUAAUUUGACACCAUGGAUUUGAAU